CAAGAUGGCGCCGUCCGGGGCCUCCCCGCUGCGCUGCGCGCUACCUUGCGCGCUACUCUGCGCGCUGCUGCUCGCCCUGGGGCGGCCGGCGGGGGCCGCUGAGGGCGGCGGAGAAGGGGCGUUGGCCGGGGGGGCUCCCGCCGCCGUCCCCCCGCGCCGCCGCUUCGAGUACAAGUACAGUUUCAAGGGGCCGCACCUGGUGCAGAGCGACGGGACCGUCCCCUUCUGGGUGCACACCGGCAAUGCUAUACCCAGUGCAGAUCAGAUUCGAAUAACUCCAUCUUUAAAAAGCCAAAGAGGAUCUGUGUGGACAAAAGCAAAAUCUACAUUUGAGAACUGGGAGCUUGAGGUGACCUUUCGAGUGACUGGAAGAGGUCGGAUUGGAGCUGAUGGGCUGGCAAUCUGGUAUACAGAAGCUCAAGGCUUGGAAGGUCCUGUAUUUGGAGGUGCCGAUUCUUGGAAUGGUGUUGGAAUUUUCUUUGAUUCUUUUGACAAUGAUGGCAAGAAAAAUAACCCAGCUGUGGUGGUUAUAGGUAACAAUGGGCAAAUCCUGUAUGACCACCAAAAUGAUGGUGCCAAUCAAGCACUGGCAAGUUGUCAGAGGGAUUUUCGUAACAAGCCGUAUCCUGUUCGAGCAAAGAUUACAUACUACCAGAAAGUGCUAACUGUGAUGAUCAAUAAUGGCUUUACACCCAAUAAAGAUGACUACGAGUUUUGUGCUAAAGUCGAAAACAUGGUCAUCCCUGCACAGGGACACUUUGGAAUAUCUGCAGCAACAGGAGGUCUUGCAGAUGACCAUGAUGUCCUAUCUUUUCUGACUUUCCAGUUGACUGAACCAGGAAAAGAAACACCUCCACCAGAUGCGGAAAUUCCUGAAAAGGAAAAAGAAAAGUAUCAAGAAGAAUUUGAGCACUUUCAACAGGAAUUGGAUAAAAAGAAAGAAGAGUUCCAGAAGGAACAUCCUGACAUUCAGGGGCAGCCAACUGACGAUAUGUUUGAGACAGUAAGUGACCGUGAGCUAAGACAGAUCUUUGAAGGGCAGAAUCGCAUUCAUCUCGAGAUCAAGCAGCUUAACCGACAGUUGGAUAUGAUUCUUGAUGAGCAGAGAAGGUAUGUCACUUCCUUGACAGACGAGAUCUCUAAAAGAGGAGCUGGCAUCCAAGGACACCAGGGCCAGGUCGCACAACAAGAACUGGACACUGUGGUGAAAACUCAGCAGGAAGUCCUAAGACAAGUGAAUGAAAUGAAGAACUCCAUGAGUGAGACCCUCCGACUAGUCAGUGGAAUACACCACACUGGAUCUGCAGGAGGAGUUUAUGAAACAACCCAGCACUUCAAUGACAUUAAAGAGCAUCUUCAUGUAGUAAAGAGAGAUGUAGAACACUUAGUUCAACGAAAUAUGGCAUCAAAUGAGAAACCAAAAUGUCCAGACCUACCACCAUUUCCAUCAUGUUUAUCUACAACACACUUCUUCAUAUUUGUAGCUGUGCAGACAGUGUUGUUCAUUGGGUAUACCAUGUAUAGGAAUCAACAAGAAGCAGCAGCCAAAAAAUUCUUCUGAAGGCCUUUUCAUUUGCGUAUGUGUACAUUUUGUAUGUAUGCACAGAUCUCUUCUGUAAAUGAGGGAAUUUUAAACUGUUUAAAAUGCAUCAAUAUUCUAAAUUAUUAAAAUUUUGUUACAAUGAAGUAUUUAGUGUAAUAUUGGUAAAAAUAACCCUGAAACCAAUGAGGACUGCAAGGGAAAAUUGUCCACUUAGGCACUACCUAUAUAUAAUCCUUAUUAUAACUUUGAGUGACUAUCUGGCUGCUAUUUGAGCAGAGCCUUGUAACACUCUUGGUGGGAGACUCAUUUUCAGUGGGAGAGGGGGAUUUGAGUGCACAACUCCAAGUAUUGUUCUGCACAUCUGAUUCCUGAUGGCAAACCCUCACUUCCUACAAGUCUGGUAUCACAGGCUUUUUAUUUCAAAGAAUAAUUUUGUAAAGAAUUAAGUCCAAAGAGUUUAUCAAGCCUGUCGAAGUAGCAAGGAUUAUUAUGGUGGGUCAGAUUUUCUUCUGUUCCAUGACCCAGUUUGGCAGUCUUCUUUAUAAUUUUUUUUUUUGAAAUCACAAUUUCCUUAGCCCAAAUAAAAACUCUGUACAAGUAUAAAAGGAUUUCUUGGGUUUCAUAAGAUUUGUAAAGUUAUUUUUUUCCUCUGGGUAUCCAGUAAUUUGUAUUUAAAAAUGAGACUGGCAAAGUGGUUUUAUUGAGAACGUUUUUUGUGAUAUGGAAUCUUAGCAACAUUUUGCUAAGUGACUUAUUUCAAGAUGGCCCAUUCUCUUGAAUGUCUCUUAGAAAAAAAUAAGUUAUGUCUAAAGUCCCUUUUGCAUUUGAAUUUACUCCAGACGUUAUGAGCCCAGUUUCAGAAAGGUGAAACUAUGGAGACGCCCUCCUGAGAAAUGAGGCAAAUAGCCUCUUGCUUAAGUUUCCUCCUGUGAGUGGAGUGGUUUGGCAUUUUUGUCAGUGGACUUCUCUUCCAUUUUCACUCCCUGUCAAAUUUGGGGGUGGAGUACCAGGAUGGGAAGAACCCCUGGUGCACUUCUACAGUGCUGCUGCUCUGUUACCUCCCCUUGCCUCAAAAAAUUGAGGCCGUGGUGGUGCCACUUUCAAUCUCCAGCUCUGGUACAUUGUAGCAAUAGUGAAUUAAUGCUGGAUAAAUUCCGAGUGCGCUAACUCAGAAUGACUCAUUUACUUCAUUUACAUACUAAGUGUAAAUACUUCUUGUAGUGUUGGGGGAAAUUUUUUACACUAAAAUGUUAAUACUUUGAAGUUCAUUGAAACCUAAUUCAAGUUUAGGUCACUUCUGAGACACAGUAGAGUUGUAUUUGUUUUUUAUCAGGCUGAGAGGAAUUUUAGCAUUUACCAGAAGGAUGCAAUAUGCAAAAUUCAUUAUGCAAAAUUGGUGAGUCAUCAUUUUAAGAGAAAAUGCUGCUAAAUUCAGUAUUCUGAAAUCCAUAUUCACAUCGUGCCUGCAAUGCUGAUGUAAUUCCAGAUCUAUGCAGCAUGUUUUUGACAAGUGAAUGCUUCUGAAUGUAGCUAAGACGAGAGGGCUGUCUGUGACCGAUCACUCAGACUGAUCAUGAUGGCUUCUAAACUCCUUAUUUACCUGCAAAUAAUCCUUAAAAUAUCAGAGUCGAUACCAUUAUUUGAUCAUAAUUGGGAGUAGCUUAUUUUGCCUCAAAUUUAAUUGAAAACAGAUAACCUCUGAAAAAAUUUCAGCUGAGCACAGUCACUUCCAAGGAUUUUUAGCUUGUGUUACUCCAGACAAUGAAAUACGAUCACUCACAUUUCACACCAGCAAGUACAGGUGCCUUGGACUGAAACUAAAUUUGUUGGACAGUUUCAAUAUUUAAGUUAUUGUUUUUAGGAGGUCGUGUGUUAAAAUGUCAAAAUAUUAUGGCCAGCUUUUAGUUACCGUAAUGUAAUUUGAGAGAGGUUAAUCAAUAGUAUUUGUUGAGCACCUACUGAGUGCGAGCACUGUACUGAGUGCUGGAGGGGUAACACUCAAUAUAUUACCUCAUUCAACUAAAGUGCACUACUACUAGUAUGUGAGACUUCCUGAAGAUUGCUUUUACCAAGAGCAAUUGGGGAACUGUAUUAUUAACUGAAGAAACCUCACAGAGUAUUUGCCUUUGCCUCUUAAUGGUCAGUUCAACCUGCUGACUUGGCUGCCUGUCCCGAUCCAACUGUUUUAACUCCCAAGCAGCACUAGCUAAUUAGGAUAUGCAGCAUUCAUGAUAAUGGUUGUGCACAUUGCCUUAAUUAUUAAAAGUAGAUUUGUUUUCAUACAGGAACCGAGAAGAGGGUGGGGAGAACCUAAUAGAUUCAAGGCAUUCACAGAUCUGUUUGGAAAAAAUGGGGUUUAAAAUUUGAGACUUUGUGACUGAAUCUCCCAAUCCAUGGGUUCAUUACAAGGCAUAAUGAACACAUAAUUCAAAGGGGACAUUGCAUUUUAAACUUGAUGUAAAAUUAUUGGCAACUUUUUAGAUCUGCUUUGCCUAUUUAAAGUGAAAUUCUUUUACUAAUAUUCCUGUAAGAUAGAAAAGAUUUUUCUAUUGUCAGUUUCAAAGGGAAAAUGGACCUCCUAGUUGGUUUUGGGGGCGUGUUUUCCAUCAACGAUCGCUGGAAUUAAAAAAACAUUACAGUAACCUUAUUCAAAUAAAGAAAUAUUUUAGUAAAUAA